GCGAGCGCUGGCGCGAAAGCAUGCGGCGCGAGUCUCGUCGAGUACUUUCGUUCCGCGCGUUGUGAGCAACGCGCUCGCUCGCAGUGCGCGCAACAGGUCGCUCCCGUCGUUCGAAUCGUUCCCUCGGGACUGUGGAACAAGAUCGGAAAAUUUAUUUUUCGCGAUUACGAGGAACGGUCAUCGAAGAGAACGUCGGUUUCUUUCAAUCGUUCGCCGAAAAUCGCUCUCACAGCCGUGUCACGAUUUUCAUGAAGCUCUCGCUGGAGCAAGAGCGAACGAAACGCGAGUGGAUCGCGGGCGUGUAGGUGAGUGUAAACAAUCGGCGCGUUCCUUCUUACUCUCACGUCUUCUCGUACCUUUUCCUAAAAAUUUCACCUCCGUUCUAACAUCCUACGCUCCGAUCUCUCUUUUAACGCGCGGCGCCGAUAUACGCGCGUGCAUUUCGCGUUUCCGAGAAAGGAUCGGUCGACGCACAUCGGCGAGAACGGCUUUUCCUCGCCGAGGAUAUUACGCGAGUGGCAUUGUCAGCCUCUUACAUAACGCUGCCGUGUGCGGCAGGAACGAUGAGAAUCUUCCCAGAGUGCAACGACGAGGUAUAAUUCGAACGUUUGAUAAACACACGUUUAUCGAUCUCGAGACAAUCGAUUGUUUUUUUACCCGCGAUCGUCGUCCACUGAUAACGAUCGACCGUACGAUCCGGUCGCCGCACGAUCGAGGAUCGACCUCAAAUGCCUGUAUUUGGCGUGAAAGCCAAGGUGGCCGUUCCCGUUUGAUAGAUCCUCAGUGUCGCGCGGUCCUAAAAUGGAUUCGAGCGCGAUCGAACAAGCCCGCUUCGCAUUUUCAACCAAAAUGGCGACGUCCUUGGCGAGGUCACGUGUCCAGCGUGGUCGCCGUCCACUUGUUGGUCGCUCUCGCUUAAAUCGCAUGGUUUUCGCGCGUGUCUCACCGCGCGUUGAAAUCACCGCCGCGACGAUGCCGCGCCGCGCGUCGGUUCCGCGCGCGCAAUUUUAUCUCGAUCUAUUUAACGAACAAGAGCUUCGCCACUGUCGAUUAACGCUAAUUUAAUCUCCCGUUGUCCGCAUUGUUUACGCAGCGAUCGGAGCUGCAGAAGCGCGGUCAAAGUUAAUGAGACGUUAGUGAAAUCUCGUCGAUGUAGUUUUUCGAAGAAAUGCAAGUGCGGAGUGCGUAUAUCAAUUAUGGACUUCUUUCUCUGAACUAAUGGCUGCACAUAUUUAUUGAAACUUUACUUUUUAAGCUUUGUAAAUAAUCUGGGAAUAAAUUUUUGUUAACAUUAUGUUUAAGAAAUUUAUGAAAAAAGUUUGGUGAAAAAUCUCUCUGUACAAAACGUUUUGCGAAUGUCGUAAAAGAAAUUGUGAGAAAUAUUUGAAUUUAUUGUAUUAGCUCAGAUAACGUAAAGUCCAAAAUUAGAAUAUAAAACGUCUCAAAGAUGUCUAUAUUAAAGAUAUCUUGAAGAUAUCUUUGCGAAAAACCUCUUAUGUCCCAAAUGUUUGGAUCUUAUGUUGUUUGGGAAGGAUCCUGCUGCAUUAAUUAUUUAAAAUAUGUCUUAAGAAAGAAACAGAUAAUUCGACAGAUGUAUAAAAAAAGAUAAGAUUACCACUUUCUAUUAAGAUAUUAAUUUGAUGACACAUUACUCUCAAGGAUCAUUACGUUACUCCUUACGUGAAUUUUUUACUGUUACUCUUGCAAGUUCAUCCUGUUCUAGACAACAUGCGUAAAAUGUCACGGACUUCUCGAGUUAUUCGCUUUUACGCGCUGACGCAUCUCUGACGUCACACGCAUAUCCAAUAAGCAGAGCGUGAGCAGAAAGCCUUAUUGUUCAUGGUCCAUCAGUGAAGCCCUCCUUGCAACGACAGACAAGUAACAGGAACAUCAGGAACUACGUAGCAGACAUGAUCGAAUGAUGGAGGUGAUUUCGACACGCCGAUACGAGGCCCGUCCACCGGCGAAUACCCACUCCUCUAUUCUCGUUGACCCUGAGAACUCCGUGGCAUUAAUCAAAGAAGAGGAAUGGGAGACCCGCAAGAAAAAGGAGAUUACCACCACGCGGCAGAUCGAGACGAGGGUGAAGCGGCAGGUCGUCCUCGAGGAUGGCGAGGUCGUCGUCGAUUCCGGACCUCUUGUCACUACGAACACGACCGAAGACGUCGAGCAACAGGAGCAUACGACUCAGGAGAGACGCACGACCGGGGAUCAGCCGCAGGAGGUCGACUGGCGGCCGGCGGCAGGUGGUAUUGUGACCGGAAAUGGCGGUAACGUCGUGCAAAAGGAGCUGAACGAGACGGUGAUGCGGAGCCGCGAGGAGAUCGAGGAGAGACUCGAGACGGAGGAUCGUCAGCAGUUGGGAGAUAUCUCGGACGAGGCAUACCAGAAGGCGGUGAGUAACAAUAGGGGCGAUUUGCGAGUCGCCCUUGCCGAAUCCUCGAAACAGUUGGCGCCGCAGUCCGGCCCGCGGGUCAUCCAGCACACGACUAGGUCGAACAAAGUCAUCGACACCGAGAAGACCUUGGAGAAAAAGGAACUGAAGGCUGAUGGAUUAAUCGUUACCGAGAAGAAGCGAACGGUCGAGCACGAAGAGAUUAAAGACGACGAGGUUCCGGACGACGGGAAGGACGACGACGACGCCUCUGAAACGAAGAAGGAAAGCUCGCAGAGAUACAUCAAGAAGAGGGAAGAGGACGUGGUGGACUACAUCUCGGCCGGCGAGAGAGUCGGCCGAGAAAUGCGCUACGUUGCAGAGACAACCGAAGGAGAACGAAUAGGCGACUGGUCACCAUCACCGACGGGCAUGCGGACGACUCGUUUUCACAAGUACCCCGGUUUCUCGGAUGCCGCUCGAAAAGAUGCUCUGACGAAGAAACCAUUGGAUCUCGAGGAAGAGGACGAGGCGAGGAAAUUCGAAACAUCGAAAUGGCUGGAAAGCCAUUUCGGCAGCGAUUCGCGUUCCUCGCACGGGUCCCUCGAUGCCGAUGACUCUCCUCUUCCAACCAGCACUAACACGAGUUACAUUAAUGUCACCAUGAAAUCCUGCACGCCGAAGGAGCGUGACUAUCAGAAUGUAAGUUCGAGCCGCAAUCAGCGACGUGGUCGAGAAUCGGACUCGCCUGCAGGAUAUUUUCAUGGAAUCAGUGAAUGGUCGGAACGGUAUCAAGGAAAAGAGAAGCAAAAUCAUGUGCGAUCGAACUCUCCAGUUCGGUACGUGGAAUCUUCACGUACCAACGGACAUGCUCACGGACAUAAGCGAAAUCAAGUUGAAUCAUCAUAUUCGAAAACUUACGAAUCGUUCCGACGCGAUUAUCAGGAUUCUGUCGAGGAGCGGCAACGUACACCUUCCCCGCCGCUACGUCGGAGAUCGAAAGAACAAUGGGCAAAAUCUGAGGAAAAAAUCAGUUCGUACGAGCCACCGUCAGGUCGUACUUCAAGUCCGGUACACGUGGUGCAAAGAACUUGGGAGAGUCGUAAUCGUGACGUUCAAGCACAGACACCCGAGCGCGAUUACAGAAGUACUUCGCCACGAUCGCGAUCAAUCUCGCCAAAGUCGCCAAUAAACGGCCGCGAGGAGAAGAAGUCAGAUAGUUCACGAGCAUCAAAGGGUCAUGGACCCAAGUAUAAGAUCGGCGAAUCCUUUCGGAAGCUGGUGGGCAAAUUACGAUCAGCCAGCACGGAGAGAAAGAAUAAACGGGGUGGUUUGACCUCGCAAUUGACGCAAACCGACGACAAUGGGCCGACCUAUCUGCAAUACAACGUGAUCGACAGGAACAUUCCUUUCGUGAGCGAAAGGGACACGAUGGAUGACAAUAAACCACCGGAGAGACCGCCGCGAUCGCCGCGGAACGCGUCGAACAAGGCCACGAAGAUCACCAGGACGGCCGAUCAUGGUGUCCAGGAGUGGCAACGCAGCGAAUCCACACCGCCGCCUUUGCAGAGGUAUUACUUGGGCGAGGAUCCCUUCGGCGGUAGUAUCUACGGCCGUGAAAAAGGAUACGAGAACGACAGAGACCGGCUGCGACACGGAAGACCACGUGGCUCCGGUAAAAUUGCCGUAGAAUCCGAGCACAGCGUCGCCUCCAGCUCCCUCGGCAGGUUUAGCAAGUCCACCAGCAAACUGAUCAGCGAUUACGAGAGGGAGGAGCACUUCCGGUCCACCCAGACCUUACCGCGGAGUCUGCAUUCCACCGGUGACGGACAAUCGGCUCGCUCCCAGACUAGACGGCACCUGCAGGCACCGAACAUCGGCAGGCACGGCGCACCCGGUAAACUGGGCCAGCAGCACAGCAGCAUGAUCAACAUAUCGAUCAAGAACACGGUGAGCACGUCGCCCAAGGUGCCGAACGCCACGUCCGCUUACAGCACGCUUCAGGCACCGCCGAAACCCGAGCGUACGUACAAGUCGUCGCUGUCGCGCAGCAAAAGCUUCAACGUCGAGGCCGACAAGAACGGCGUCGACGCGCCGAUCCGUGCACCGUAUACCUCCAAUUUGCACCUGAACCGCCUGGACGAGACGCCGCCGCUGAAGAGUCCCGGAAUUCUCGCCAGCAUUAGCCGUAGUAACAGGGAUCUGUUAAGAGACGGUAAAUAUUGAGGUGGCCGUCAGUGACGUAAUAAAUCAUAUAUCCUUCUUUCGGACGCUGAA